UAAAGUCUAGAGCUUCUCCCGGUGGGUGGGCUAGUACUUCUUCAAUUCGGCAGUUUCAAGUCCAGAUUUGCUUGGCUUAGCCUGAAAUAGUGAAAUUGUUGGAGGAUUUUAUAGUUUGCGUUGCGAUUGUGUCGUGCUGUAUCUCGUAUUGGAGUUUUUGUAGAGGCGCAUUCCCUAGGUUCAAAUCCUAGGGCCGCCGCCGCCGGCGUCAUGGCGAAUGGCGGCAAGCCAGCGAUCGCCGCCGACGACGACUCUGGAGCGCCCUCAACCUCCGCCCCCGCGCGGCCGAGGGCGAUGCGGCGACUCGAGAUCGAGGGCUACGCCGUGGAGGGCGUCUCGAUCGCGGGGCACGAGACCUGCGUCACGUUCCCCUCCCUCAACCUCGCCUUCGACAUCGGCCGCUGCCCGCCGCUCGCCGUCUCGCGGGACCUCCUCUUCAUCUCCCACGCCCACACGGACCACAUCGGGGGCCUGCCCCUGUACGUCGCCACGCGGGGCCGCAGGAGGAUGCGCCCGCCCACCGUCUUCGUCCCCGCCUGCCUCGCCGACCUCGUGCGGAGGCUCUUCGAGGUCCACCGCGCCAUGGACCGGUCCGACCUCGACCACGAGCUCGUGCCGCUCGAGGUCGGGGAGGUCUACGAGCUCCGCAAGGACCUCAGGGUCAGAUCGUUCAGGACCUACCACGUCGUGCCAAGCCAGGGGUAUGUGAUGUACAAGCUGAAGCAUAAGCUCAAGGACGAGUAUGCUGGCCUCCAGGGGAAAGAACUCAGCAGUCUCAGAAAGUCAGGAGUUGAGAUCACGAAUACAGUGUCGACACCUGAGAUUGCUUUCACGGGAGAUACAAUGUCGGAUUUCAUCCUUGAUCCUGAUAAUGCAGAUGUUUUGAAGGCGAAAAUUCUUGUGGUUGAGAGUACUUAUAUUGAUGACUCGAAAUCAAUUGAGGAUGCAAGAGAGAAAGGGCACACUCACUUGUCUGAGAUAGCGAGUCUGUCUGACAAGCUUGAAAAGAAAGCUAUUCUACUGAAUCACUUUUCAACCCGUUAUACUGCAGAGGACAUUGAUGCAGCAAUCAACAGAUUGCCACCAUCUCUCCGAAGCAGAGUUCAUGCAUUGAAGGAAGGCUUCUAGAGUUCUUUCCGAAGCAGAGUUCAUGCAUUGAAGGAAGGCAUUUUGGCGAGGAACCAUUUUGCUCUUGUGCUUUCAGAUGUGCCGGCUACAUUGCAGUUUAUAUGAGGCUUUUUUUUUUCUUUUGUCGGUACUUGAGACCAUGAGAUUUGAGACAGUGAAAUGGAAUGACAUGUGAAACAGCCUGAAGUAUCUCCCUUCUAAUUUCCAAACAGCAAGAUACAUGCAUGAAUAAUAUGUUUAUAUUUGAAAAAAAAAAUCACAAACACCAGUGGUUCAUGUUGUACAACCUGUUUACAUAAUCUUUUGAAGAAAAAAAAAAUACAACCUGUAUACAUAGAAGGACCUGGAACAGAAACAA